GUCCAAUACGCGUUUAAAAAAUUUGUGGAAAUGAGUGAAGGUUCCUCAUAAAUCGCAGCAUUGAGAGGCCCUCCUCCAAAAAAGCUGACCACCAUUCCAGUUCCUCCUCAUAUUUAUACACUCAUUCUCCUCGUUUUCUAAUCAGUUAAUCCCCUUCCAUUGAUUUAACAACAAAUAUAAGAACAAGAACAAGAAAAGAAAAGGAAAAUGAAGCCAAUUGCAGCAGCAUUUUUCUUCCUCUCAACAUUAUGUGCCGCAAGAUUUCUCGUCGUCGCUGGUAACGGUCAAGCUCAAGGUGAAAGUCAAGGCAGCAACACCGCCGCUGCCGCAGGUGAGGUGAACAUGAAGCUUCUUGAACAAGCGUGCCAGCAUUCACCCCGUAAGGACUUAUGCAUCGAAACCUUGGAGAAGGACCCGAACAGCAAGGGCGCGGACCUCACCGGCCUCGCCUUCGUUGCCAUCCGGCUGGCUGCCGCAAUGGCCUCCGACGUGGACGAGCACAUGCGGUCGUUGCUCAUCCACAACGCUACCACUUUAGACCCCACGAUUCAGCAGGCGUUGGCAGACUGCAUUGAGCACUACUCCGAUGCCAACGAGCAGCUCGACGAUUGCGUCGAGGCCAUCUCGACGAAUAACUUAGAGGAAGUGGAACUGUGGGUCAACGUGGCGAUUUCCGACGCUGAUUUAUGCGACAGCUCGCUCAGGGGAGAGAAAUCCGUGAUCCAAACCAAGAACGAAGCGUUCCGCCUGUCGUGCAAUAAUAUUUUGUCCAUCAUCAAGGUCUUGCCUGCCCACAAGUGAUUUUCUUGGAUCCUCCAUUGUACGGAUUUAAUUAGUAGCUAGUUAAAUAGGAUCUAAUUUUUAUGUAAUUAAUAAAUGAUAAUUACUAAAAUGUGCCAA